GACACAUUCUCCGAAAAUCAAUAUGUGAAGAUGAAGGCGAUUUUGACUGAGCGCAUGGCUCAUUACUAUUUCCUUCGUAUUGGAUCCGACACGGAAAACUUUAUCCUUAUAUAAAGAAGAUAAUAGGAAUCACAGACAACAAAUAACAAUUUCCUAGCAUCGGAUUAACGUCAAUGUACAGAUUGAGAAGUGUAUAAGACCAUUGACGAAUGAUGCGGAAUUAUGUAGUGGAAUGGAAAACAAAAAGAAAUAUUCAAAUUAUUCUCUCCUUUUUCUCGUGGCAUGGAUUUACCUUGAAGGAAUGAAUAAAAGUUUAUUAAAAAUGGUCUUUGAUACAAAAGGUGUAUACCCUUGUUAAGAAUGACUCUUUGAUGUGAAAUGGCAGACAAACUUAAUUUACAGCAGGAUAUUUUUUUCUACAAAAUACAUGAGGAUGAAAGAAUAAACAAAUGCGUAAUAUGAUGUGAAAUACUAAAACACAAUUUUGAUGGAAGUUGAUAUUUGUGAAAGUUAGCUAAAACAUUAUUUAAAAGAAGUGUUUUAACUGGUUGGUGGCAUUUAUAGGAAAUAUGUCCAGUUCCGCGGCCAAAGGAAAAAGCAACGAACCCAGUGUAGCAGUGAAAUAUAUACCUUGCUCAAAAGGUGACACAGAACACACUGAUGAUGAAUUGGAAGAAAUUGCAAUAAUGGGGAACGAUAAACACGAUAACAAGAGGUCAGAAUCAAAGGAAUACGGGAAGCCCACAGCAAAUGGACCUCAUAUACUUUCGGGUGGAAUAGGAUUAUUUCAGGUGAUAAAUACACGCGACAGAACAAUGUCAAUAGGGGAACGCCUCAGUAAAGGGGGACGAAUCAGUCUAUCGUCUCCUGUUUAUUCAAAUAAAGUUGUCGAGCAAAAAUCAAGGUCAACUUCAAAGCAAAGUUUAAUGGAUUUAUUUGGAAGUAGAAUUGACAGAAGUAAGUCACGAGCAAAAAGUUUUUCUGCUCGAGGAGAUCUGUCUUUGAUGAAAAAAGUAAGAUCUUCUGAGGUUAUGACACCAAGAGAAAUACGAAAACUGCGCAAGAAAGAUAUAGAGAGUAAAUUUGGAAAGAAAAGCAAAAUAGUGAAAACAGAGAGAUUGGAAACUACCACAACACUUUCUGAUCACGAAGGAUGUAAUUGGACCUUUGUUUUUGACCCAUCAGGGCGGCUAGCCUAUUGGUGGUCAUCAGUGGUCAGUUUAGCAUUUCUCUAUAAUUUUUGGGUUAUAAUAUACAGAUAUGCAUUUCAUGAGAUUGAUACAGAAAAUUACGGUGUUUGGUUCGCUUUAGAUUACACGGCAGAUCUUCUUUAUAUUUUGGACAUAGUAUUUCACUUCCGGACGGGAUAUUUAGACGAUGGGGUUUUACAGACAGAUGCUAUUAAGUUAAGAAUACAUUAUAUGAAUACAACUAUGUUUUAUAUAGAUUGUUUAUGUUUGUUACCGUUAGAUUUUCUUUAUCUUUCAAUUGGAUUCUGCUCAAUUUUGCGUUGUUUUAGAUUAGUGAAAGUAUAUAGAUAUUGGGCAUUUUUAGACAGAACGGAAAGGCAUACUAAUUACCCAAACGCUAUGAGAACAGUCACUCUAAUGCAUUAUCUGCUUGCCCUGUUCCAUUGGAAUGCUUGUCUGUACAAUAUUGUUGCAACACAUGAAAACGCAUCUAGUACAUGGUCAAUGCCAAAAGACGAUGGAUCAACUGUUAAGAAAUACUUACAUGCAUUAUACUGGAGUACACUUACACUUACUACAUUUGGGAACUUACCAAGACCAUUAACCGUAUCGGAUUAUUCAUUCAUAAUUUUUGAGAUGAUUUUUGGACUUCUACUGUUUGCGACUGUUUUAGGACACAUUUCAAAUAUUGUGGCCAACAUAAGUGCUGCUAGAAAAGACUUCCAAGCUAAACUCGACGGAGUAAAAACUUACAUGUCACUAAGACGGGUACCAAUGAGACUACAGGAUCGAGUCAUCAAAUGGUUCGAUUAUUUGUGGUAUUGUAAUAAAUCGACUGACGAAGAAAAAACGCUCAGUUUACUUCCGGAUAAGCUCAAAGCGGAAAUAGCAAUUCAUGUUCAUUUGGAUACAUUAAAAAGAGUAGAGAUCUUCCAAAAUACUGAAUCAGGAUUUUUAUGUGAAUUAGUGUUGCGUCUUAAACCAGUAUUAUUUUCUCCCGGGGAUUAUAUAUGCAGGAAAGGUGAAGUAGGAAAAGAAAUGUAUAUAGUUAACAGAGGAAGGUUGCAUGUGGUAGCAGAUAAUGGCAAAACAGUUCUGGCAACAUUAAAACCAGGAAGUUAUUUCGGUGAAAUUAGUAUUUUAAAUAUGGGUACUUCCGGUAACAGAAGGACUGCUUCCGUUAGAUCUGUUGGCUAUUCUGAUUUAUUCCGUUUAUCAAAGCAAGACUUAUGGGAUGUACUCAAAGAAUAUCCUACUGCAAGAGUCAAAUUGGAAGCGAUUGCUGUUAAAAGAUUGGAAAAGACGGCAAAAAUGCCACUUGAAAAAGCUGCUAUGUCCCGCAGUAAGAGUACACCAGGACUGGUCGAGUCUCAAGGAAAAGUGCCUCUGGAAGCUAUGUUUAUGACGCGGCAUCAUACUCUUCCGGCUGGUCUUCCAAUUCAAAAGGUGGCUCCAGAAGCACAAACUCUAAAUCACGAAGGAGAAUCCGAUGGCAAUAAUUUGGAAUUAACCGAGUGUCAACCUGCUGAAAUGUUACCUCCCAAUACACCAGUUCAAGAACAAAACACAGGAAUUCUUUCAAAAUCACAAACUGUGUCUAGUAUGAAAUCAUUUACCGUUCCAUCACCGUCACAUAAAUCUACUUCAUUUUCAGAUGCAAAAUUUACGAUAAGUCCGCCGAUGUCACCUCGUGACGUUCAACCAGCAGACAUUCCGUCUACAAUAUCCGCUCAAUUACCUGUAUCACCAGUUCAUUUUCCCUUUCCUCAAAUGUAUUCAUAUCAAUCAACUCAACAGUCUCCAAUGAAUCUUCUGUCCCCAUAUUGUGCCUCAAAUACCUUACACAUGCCGUCACCACAAAGUCUUGCACUGACAAGAUCUGACAAUCUUGCAUCAUCGCAAAAUAAUUUAGCAUCACCUCAAAACCAAACGUAUCAGAGUCCAUUUUAUCAAACACAGCAUUCAGUUGUUUCGAUAUCACCGGGUAUUCCUUCAAAUGUUCCAUCGGGGAGUCCGGCCUCGUUCUCAUACGAGACAUCGCAGGAUGUAUUAUUACAAGAAAUUACAACAUUAAGAGAAAGACUGGCUACACUUGAAGCAGAAAACGCAACGAUGACAUCAAAACUUAAUCAACAGCAAUGGGACGUUGAGAAUAGGUUAUCUGAACUAGAAAUGCACAUGUGUCCUAGCUCAAGCAUGGCCAGUACGGCCAGCCAGGAUGAUCGACCAGAAAGGUUAGAACCUGUCAAUAGAGAAUCUAUCAUUUAGGUUUACACAAACGCACAAUGUACGUUGUGUAAAUACAAAAUUUGUAAAACUUCCAUGAACAAACUUGAUCUGAUUUACAUGUAUAACUCAAUAAAAUAUCAUUUUAUAUCAGUCAAGUGAUAAUGACUGUGAUGUUUUAAGUUUUUGACGACUCUGCUGGACUUGUUUUUUACAGAAUGUAUAUAUAUUAAACGAGAAGUUAUAUGUUGAAUAUGUUAGAUUAUUUAGAUGUUUUAAGUUUAUAAAUUUAAAAUAUUUUUAUAUGUCAUUUUCCAAUAGUUUAAUCCUGUAAAACGUCACAUUCAACUCAAUUUUAUUAUUCACCAGAUUGAUGGUAAAAUAAAGACAUAUUGAGAUGUAUUGCAGCAAGACUAGUUAUAUGAAAAAUAUGAGAAGUAACGCAUAAAGGAGGGAGGGGAGAGCACACAUACAUUUGUAGAAUGUGUGUACUUUAAUCGAUUUUCUCAAUACAAAGUUAAUCUGCAUAACACUAGAUACUUAUAAAAUAGAAUUUACAUAUUUUUUUAGCCCAAUGUGAUAAUUCAGUUCCUCAUAUAUUUGUUUACCUCUGUGUUUCUAUUUUUUUAGUUUUAGAACUUCGAUGUGAAGAUUUGUUUUGCAACUCACAACAAUCGAGACAAAACCUUACUUUGUCUACCGAGCAAACGAUGUCAGUAAAGGAGUAGGUCCAGUAAGGCCCCAAAAUAUAUCAGUUUUACAAAAUUUUAAAAUGAAACUUUUAGUUAUUUAUUGGACAGAAGAAUGCUUCUACAUAAAUAUGGGCUGUUUUUUGACAAUACAAUGCACAUAUAUCGAGUACUAGCACCAUUUAGUCAUGCUAAAUUACUGAAAUCUUCAUUAUUCUAGCAUUUUACUAAAAUUUUAGACGGUUUCCGUGUAAAACAAAAGUGACCGCAUUCGUAUUCAUCCUUAAUAUUGAAAUGUAAGUUGUAUUUGAUGAUAAUACAUAACAUCUAUAAAGGUUGAGGAUGAACACUUUCAUUUUAGACCAAAAAAACAUUUGAAAAGUGACAUUUUUCAGGAUAUUUGGUAGAUUUUUCAUAUUUGAGCUCGAAUCGGAUCGUUUUAAUGACGAAUCAGUUAAAAUCUUUCACAUAAACUAAUUGAAUCCAAUGAAAUAGACACUUAAGUGUUUAAAAAGUGGUCAACAUUUUCGUCAGAUGAACCUAAAAUUUGAGACCAAAAACGGUUCUUACCUUCACCUUUUCUUGGAAAUGAACCAUCAAUAUGUUUUUUAAACGUAAAUUCUGAUAAAUUCCUUGGUGUUAAUCUUUUGCCCCUUAAAGAGUUCAUGAAAACAAACUGGUGUGUGUGUGGGGUGUGUGGUCAUGAAACUACUUUGAAUUAUUUAAACUAUGAUCAAAUUCAAUUAGAAAUAUAUAACUAAUAAAUUUCGAUUUAGAUUUGAAAUACUUUACUGAUUCAAUCAUUUCAAGGUCUGGCUAGCAAUGGUAAUGUAUUGUAAGCAUCGUGCGUAAUGUCUUUAUUUUGUUAUCAUUCUGAAAAUCCGUAAUUUAUAUUCAAGGGAAGUAAUCACAUUGUAAAAUUUGGACGGUAAGCGGUGGUUAUAUUUGUAUAAAGCCUGAUUGGCUUGCUUCACCAUAUUUUUAUCAAUACUUUUCUAUUUUCUAUAAGAUAGAUAAAUGAUAUGUUGUUCUAGAUGUAGCCUUGAAUUACUGUACUCUGAUUCGUCAAACACUAAGACAUUUUUAGAGGACUCAGUAUUUUUUGCUGCUGAACGCCUACUUUUAAAGUGUUUAAAGAACAGAAAUACCUUAAUUAGGUGAAACAAGCAUUUCUUGAUAUUUUAGUCAAAGAGUUUGAAAAAGCGGUUCAAAAUGUCACUUCGUGAUUAUUUUUCUAGAUACUUUAAUCUCAUGUAACCAUUCAUUUCUUUAAUUUCAACAUCUUGCAAACGGUAAUUCAAGUUCGUUAAGGUGCAAACAGUAGACGUUUCAUUAAAGUAGGGGAACUGUCGCAUUUCAUUACAAAAUACAUGUAACUGUAAAGAGGUGCUAUUAUUUAUAGGAGAAAUAUGUCGAAAAAAUCAUGGAAAAAUGAAAGAAAUAAAUCUUCUUGACUUUAAAGUUUUUAAAACUAAUCUGGUCUAAAUGACAUUUUUCAGCAAACAAAAAAUAACCUCUUUUGGAGUAAAAAUGUUUACAAAUCAAGAGAGGAAACUUGUACUUGUUUAAAGUAGUAUGGGAGUUUUCCCCGAUCCCUGAUCGCACAUCACCGCAUAAGAGCGAUCCAGAUAUUUGAGAAAUUACUUUACUUUCUGGAUUUUAGAAGUAAAAAGAAAUCUUUGAUUACAGCGUUUGUGUACAAAUAAAUACACAGAAACCUUUUGAUUGUUUGCUUUUUAAGGGAGGUAACGUUUUUUAUGAAUGAUUCUAACAUGCAUUUAUCUGUUUUAAGAUAGAAUAAUAAAGCGAGCAUGUUAACAUUUUUUCUCAAUAAGGAAUGUAUCAAAGAGACAACAUCCCGACCAAAAAGCAGAUAUUAAAAAAAAACAUCAUUUAGUUUUCUUUCUAGUGAUUUACAGGGCUUUUCCUUAAUUAACUCUUGUUAAUUGUUACACAAUCUGUGAAAUACAAAUUAGCCGAGAACGGACAACACUCGAUUAUUUUAAAUCUCAUACUACUUUAAAUGGUGUAUAUAAAGAAGAACGAUUGAUAUUUUAGUCUUUCCAUGCCGGCAAAAAUCCAUCUCGAUACAAGAAAUGUACACAUGUUCAAAUAAAUUGUUUAGAAAGUAGGAAAAUAAGAUGAUUUUCAAUCUUUAUAGAAAUUAGUGUUUAAAUUAACACAAUAAUGUAGUACAAUAUGUUAUAGUAUAGUAUUUACAGUUGUUAAAAAAGUUAUGUCUGGUUUAUGAUAUUAUCAUGUCAGAAUAUAAAAAUUUCUAUAGAAAUAAUAACAGGUUUAUACUUUAUUUGUUAUGGAGAUAUGACAUUAAAAAGUUGAACAUUA